CAAACCAAUGACGUAUCACACAUCACAGAAAUAAUAUGUCUGCGCCCAUGAACAUGCUUCGGACGUAUAGAAGAUUGUCUAAUCUCAGCUCCAUUCUGCAGAAUUUUAAAAAAGAGAAAAAGAAUGUUUUCUGUGUUUCCAUACGAUGCCUGAGUCUACAGGAGUACCAGAGUAAGAAACUGAUGUUGGAUAAUGGAAUCAAUGUUCAGAAGUUUGUUGUUUGCAGUUCAGCAGAGGAGGCCAAAACAGCAGCCAAAAAACUAGAGGUUGAUGAAUAUGUGAUUAAAGCUCAGAUUUUGGCUGGAGGCAGAGGGAAAGGUGUGUUUUCUAAUGGCUUCAAAGGAGGAGUCCAUCUUACCAAAAACCCAGGUGAAGUGGAAGGUCUAGUCACAAGUAUGCUGGGACACAAACUUAAGACAAAACAAACAACUGGAGAUGGAGUCAAAGUGUCAAAGGUGAUGGUAGCCGAGGCAUUGGACCUUGCCAGGGAGACAUACUUUGCCAUUGUGUUAGAUAGAUCAUUUGCGGGACCGGUGAUCAUUGGCAGUAAGCAUGGAGGAAUGGAUAUAGAAGAAACUGCUGCUACAGACCCUGGUUCUAUUAUCAAGGAGCCAGUAGAUAUAAUGACCAGUGUAACAGAGAGGCAGUGUUUGUCAGUGGCAGAGAAACUCGGAUUCCAGGGCAGCAAUCUACAAACAGCAGCGGACCAGAUUCGUAGAUUGUAUGAAUUGUUUGUUAAAGUAGAUGCCACACAGGUGGAAAUCAAUCCAUUUGGAGAAACACCUGAUGGUAGAGUUGUUUGUUUUGAUGCGAAGAUCAACUUUGAUGACAAUGCUGCUUUUAGACAGAAGGAAGUAUUUGCCAUGGAUGAUAUGGCAGAAACAGAUCCCCGGGAAAUUGAAGCUAGUCGACUUAAACUGAAUUACAUAGCCCUGGAGGGUAGCAUAGGAUGUCUUGUGAAUGGUGCUGGUCUCGCCAUGGCAACAAUGGACAUCAUCAAACUUCAUGGAGGAGAACCAGCCAACUUCUUAGAUGUCGGAGGGGGUGUGUCAGAACAGCAAGUCCACGAUGCCUUCUUUCUCCUCAUGGGGGAUUCACAUGUGAAGACAAUUUUAGUGAAUAUAUUUGGAGGUAUUGUAAACUGUGCUACAGUGGCCACAGGGAUAAUUAAAGCCAGUAAAAAAUUACAUCUAGAGCUCCCCCUGGUCGUCAGACUGGAAGGUAACAAUGUAGAGGAAGCAAAGAAAAUUUUGGCAGAAAGCGGGAUGAAGAUCACCGUAGCUGACGGUUUUAAUGAUGCAGCUCGCCUCUCCGUGGAAUCGGCAGCUUCAGCUUAACUGUGAUAUUACCAGGCAUUUGUUUUCAAAAUGCUAAAUCCCAAAAACUUGUGUCUGUAAAUCCAGGAGGGUUGUAUACAUUAGAUUUAUAGGUGCUUUUUGAGAAUGAGUGGUGUUUUUAAUAUUUCAAUUACUGAUUGAGAAAUUUAUUUAAUUUUUUUAUGGGCAUUUAGAAUACUUUACAAACAUAAACAAUGAUUUAAUGCAAAAUACAUGUUCAUGUAUUUUAUUUAGAUACACCCUUUGCAUUUGAUUUGUCAAUUAAUUUUAGGUAUGCUUAAUAAUUAUAUGCUCAUGUAUGUGUAAUGCACCUUGAGCCAAGAAUUUGUAUUAAAAUGCAAGUUAUAAAUUGCUACAAUAAUUGUUGCAAGUUAAAUAGGUUUAAUAUAUAAACAGUAUUAUUUCACAUUUUAUGCUGUACAUUUGUAAAUUGGAAAUCCUGCUCUUUUUCAAUGACUUUUAGCAAAUCCUCACAAGAUUAGCUUUACACAAGUGCUCCAAGUAUCACUCCCAUUUAUAUCAUAAUAAAUAUGUUUUUGAUACAUAUUGUUUCUGUAAAAAUAUGAUAUUUAAAGGGGUUUAUACAUAUAUUUUCAAUGAUUAUUGGCAUUAGAAAACACUUCUGAUUCAUUUUUUAUAGUUCCAUAACUUCCAUUCCACUUUAUGGAGAAUGGGAUGAUCAAUCAUAUUUUGAAAUGAGUAUUGUGCACAUACUAUUUAAGGUACUAUUCAAAAUAAAGCCAAUUCAAAAGAAAAA